AGUCUGGAAGGAAUAAAAGAAAACCAACAUUUCAUUUGUAUUUCUACUGCUGUACCUGAAGAUAAUGAACUCUGUGCAAAUGUUUUUCAACUUUAACUUUCAUUUAACUUCAAAUCCAUUCAUCACCUUUGCUUCUUGAAUCCAAAUAACCCACACGGACCUGGGAACCACACUUGGAAUGGGACCUGGUCCCAUGGAACUGACCAGAACAGAGCACGCCUAACGGGUUAUUUACCAGGGGGUUACAUCCCUGGUGAUCCCAUAGAGAGGGAGAUGCCUUCCCUGAACCACAGAAACUAACACACACACAAACCUCAUCCCCGGAGGUCCCAGAGCGAUGCCUUCCCUCCACCACGGCGCCAUCUUCCUCGGAGUCUUUCUCAUCGCGACAGGCGGCUCCACUGCCUUUCUCACCUCCUCACAGAGCCGCCUGCAGGCGUUCUCUCUGUGCUGUGUGGUGCUGGGAGCCGUCAUGCUGAUCCUGGGGCUUCUCUGGGCCAUGAGUAACAAGCACCAGGUAGAGUACAGCCAGGGAGAGUACCCCAACUUCCCCCAAUACCCCCACCAGGGAGAACACCCCAACUAUCCCUACCCACACCCAGACCUCAACUACCCUGGCCGGUACGCCCAUCCUGACCUGGGACAUGUCCUCUUCAGCCCCCGUGGUCCUGUUGGACACUUCCCAGAGUCCCAGUCAGCCCUACUGCAGAGGACUGAGCACCAACGGCGAGGUGUGUAUGGGGCUAAUGAUGUGGACUACCCCCCACUCAGCCCCCCUUCCCGCUACCCCCCCGGGCUGGGCCCCCCACCUCCCUACGAGGUCGCCAUAAAGACCACCUGUAGCUCCACCCACCUGCGCCGCGCCUACUCAGACACACACCUGUCCUCGGAACCCCUGUUUGGCCGAUCACGGGAGAUCAGCUUUGAGGUGUGACAUCACCAGACAGGCCCACACACUGCCUCCACCCACCACACUGGAGGAGGAAUACUGUGGCCACACCCUUCACUCAGGCUCUUCCAAUCAGCUGUCAGCCCAUAGGAAAAGGCAGGAAUAGGAGAUUGCCCUAAAGCAACACUCUGAGCAGCAUAUUAUCUGUCUGUCUUCAACAACCUGUAGUUGAGCAUGUUUUCACAAGCUACCUUUUAAAUGAGACAUUGAGUUUGCCUGGUGCAAAGGAACCGAUGGAAUAGCCCAAAAGUGCAAACCACACUCAAUGUCCGCAGUGCCUUUCCCUACCUCUGCUAGCUCUUUACAUUAUAUGCAUGUGUAACAGAAUAUAAAAGUUAAAUACUAUUUAAUUUAUGUAAAGUUCAGCAAAAUAGUCUGAAUACUUUAAAUGAUUUCAUGUCAUCUAAUAGUCCUUUUGAAAUCCAAAUGUGAUACAUUAAUGUGUCUGCGAGGACAUCUAGUGGUCAGUCGACAUGCUAGACAAUUAAAACCAUACAAAUACCACAUCCAGCCCCCUCCUAAAGGGUUUUGUCUAGCAGGGAUACAGCUUCAGUCAACAUAGAAUUUUCUUAGCAGGUUUAAAGGCGACGCAUGGUCAAUCUGUUGUCUGCAUUCGCCGUGCAGCAUUUACGGUGAGACGGCCUCUGCAGAAAUCAGGGCAUUCAUACUUCUUGUGCUUCGCGGAUCAGCGCAGAGCUGUUGAGUAGAGCUGUUAUGAAGUAAGUUGUCAAGGAAGUGAGUUUGUGUUUGUACAGGACCUCCCGCCCCCAUCUACCGUCAACCAAUCAUGUCAAUGCAGGACUAUACAGCGCUGUAUGGAUCCCUCCACAUUGUUACAACAUUUGGGAGGCGCAUGGCGAUGCGGUAUACAGCUCAAUUUGGCCUCUUGCACGACUCCGGAGGCCACGAAAUUGCGUCACACCCUCCAAAUGGUGUCUCCUACCACAUUUUCAGAUCAAGCAUAUAAUUUACGCAGCGGUUUAGGUUAAUGUAGCAGGUUGUUAAGUUUAGGGAAAAGGUUAGCUAAAAUAAAAAAUAUAACGUUUGACGUCAAAUUUGACUAAAGCUGUAUCCCAUCUAGACAUGACCCUUAAAGGCUCUGCAUGGUCAAUCUGUAACACAUGAUGACCCACCUGUUCUGCCACAAGGAGAAUGUAGUAUGCAGAAACAGGCUCCACAUACACAAUCAGCCCAGAGAUGUAUCUCCUUGGCUGAUUAAUGAAUGAGUUAUGGUACUUUAUAAAUGCACAUAUUGUUAUUCUGUGCAAUUUUGUUGUAUAAGACUAUGAAUUUAGGAAUUAGAUUCCAAGGGCCUCAUUUAUCAAUAAUGCAUAGGCACAAAUCUGUGUGUAAAUAAUGCUUGGGAUAAUUUCCACGCAAAGUGUAAGAUUUAUCAAUAUGAACAUUGGAUUGAGGCUGCACAAAUUUAAGCACAGCCAUGACAUUGGGUAUGCACAGUGGCAUGUGGUGGAAUAAGGGAACUGCUUGUCAAGUGUAGAAUGAGAAAAAUAUAUGUUGAAAAUGUGUAAAGU